UCUCCCACAGCCAGAGCCCUGAGGUUGAGGGGGCUGCCGGACAUGGGCUGCAGGAACAGGGCAGGCUGGUGCAGAAAGCGGAGCUGGUGCGGCUGUCCCAGACACUGAGCCUGGUGCCCCGGCUGCAUUGGCUGCUGGUGGAGGAUGCCGAGGGCCCCACCCCACUGGUCUCCCGGCUGCUGGCUGCCUCGGGCCUCCUCUUCACACACCUGGCGGUCCUCACCCCCAAGGCCCAGCGGCUCAGGGAGGGUGAGCCCGGCUGGGUUCGGCCCCGCGGUGUAGAGCAACGGAACAGGGCCCUGGACUGGCUGCGGAGCGGAGGGGGCGCUGUGGGGGGAGAGAAGGACCCCCCUCCAGCCGGCACGCGGGGAGUCGUGUACUUUGCAGAUGAUGACAACACCUACAGCCGGGAACUCUUUGAGGAGAUGCGCUGGACCCGUGGUGUCUCAGUGUGGCCCGUGGGGCUGGUGGGCGGCCUGCGAUUUGAGGGCCCUCGGGUACAGGAUGGCCGGGUUGUGGGCUUCCACACAGCAUGGGAGCCCAACAGGCCCUUCCCAGUGGAUAUGGCAGGAUUUGCUGUUGCCCUGCCCUUGCUGUUGGCUAAGCCCAGUGCCCAGUUCGACGCCACUGCUCCCCGGGGCCACCUGGAGAGCAGUCUCCUGAGCCACCUCGUGGAUCCCAAGGACCUGGAGCCACGGGCAGCUAACUGCACUCGGGUUCUGGUGUGGCACACACGGACAGAGAAGCCCAAGAUGAAGCAGGAAGAGCAGCUACAGCGGCAGGGCCGAGGCUCAGACCCAGCUGUUGAGGUGUGAUGGCAGCCCCACCCUGACUACCGCCGCGUCAGGCACGAACCUGGGGGACUGGGCCCCUGGCCUGCCCAGGAUGCAGUUUUCCAAAUCCUGACCCCUCAGAGCCAGGGGCGGCCCUUCUGCCCCCUCAGCCCCAGGGCGUGGCCCAGCUGCUUCUCCCCUCCCCCAGCCUGCCAUGUGGCACUGCCCACAGGCUGGGGACAAGCGGCCCUUGUGUUGAGCCAGGUCAGCCCCGUCUGGGGCAGAGCAGAAGGACAGACACUCAGGAGGGAGGGCUGCUGAGCAACUGGGUAACUUAUUGGGGCUGGGCAUGCACUGGGGGGCUGGAGGAGCUGGGCUGGACCCUCCCCACCUGAGCAUGCUGACCCCCCUCCUACCUCCAGAAUAAAAGAUCUCAAGCUGGA